AUGGUAGAGCAAAAGGAAAAGCAAACUUUGCCUCAUAAAGAAACCAUAGACAUGGUGACUUUAGAAGAAGGGAAAGUUGUAAAAAUUAGAACAUGCAUAACUGAAGAAACAAAGCGAGAUCUUGUUAGGGUUCUUCGGGAAUUCAAAGAUGUUUUUGCAUGGUCAUAUCAGGAUAUGCCCGGUUUAAGCUCUGAUAUUAUAGUAUAUUGCCUUCCCAUAAGAGUAGAUUGCAAGCCUGUACAGCAGAAACUUCGACGAAUGAGGCCAAAUAUUGUCUUAAAGAUAAAGGAGGAAGUCAAAAAGCAGUUUGAUGCGGGAUUCUUUCAGGUGAUCAAGUACUCAGAAUGGGUAGCCAAUGUUGUGCCCGUUCCCAAGAAAGAUGGCAAGGGCACGUUCUAUUACAAGGUGAUGCCAUUUGGAUUAAAGAAUACUGGAGCGACGUAUCAGAGAGCUAUGGUGACUUUAUUCCAUGAUAUGAUGCACAAGGAGAUUGAAGUGUAUGUUGAAAAUAUGAUAGCCAAAUCUCGAACUGAAAAGGAGCACAUCGAAGUAUUGAGAAAGUUGUUCACGAGACUAAGAAAGUUUCAGUUAAAGCUUAAUCCAACAAAAUGCACUUUUAAGGCUAGAUCCGGAAAGCUAUUGGGCUUUGUGGUUAGUGAGAAGGGAAUUGAGAUUGACUCAGACAAAGUCCGGGCUAUACAGGAUUUGUCUCCACCACGCACUCAAAAAGAAGUUCGGGGCUUCUUUGGAAGACUAAAUUAA